AUGGACGUGGCAAGGCGGCAGCCGCACACAUGGCAGAAUGGGCUGGAUGCGAGGCCGCACCCCUCGCACCAGAACGGCAUCGACUCCCUGUCAAGACUGGACGUGGGUCCCACGCAGGGCUUGGUCAGGCCAAGGCCGGCACCAACCUUGACCAAUGGCUUCGACCAUGGGCAUUCGGAGACCAGCAUCUCGCGGGGGGGCUUGGGCCGCGGGCUUUCUCCCCCGCGCCAGACCCGCGACACUUUCGCAGGGUCUGCUGGGUACACGGAGUCAAUGCCGUCGCGGCCAACGCCUGCAUUCUCGAGCACAGCGCCGGCCGGAGCCGCGGUGUUUCGGAUGGAGGAAUCGCGGCAGAGCGACCCGGCAGUAAGAGCACAAGUGCCCUCAGGUCUGUCCGAGACAGGUGGCCCGCAAGUUUCUGUGAUUGCAGCAGGUGCCGGGUCUCAGGCAGCAGCGGAUGUCCAGGUCGAGGUACGGGGCAGCGGCCACCUGCCUUCAGCCUGGCACACAUGGGAGGAGGUGACAUUCCCACCUCGGGUGCGGGCUCCGCUGGUGUCGGCGGGCUUCCCGGCACCGACUGCGAUCCAGCAGCACUCUUGGCCAAUUCUCACAGCAGGCCGAGAUCUGAUAGGGGUCGCGAAGACGGGCUCGGGCAAGACGCUGGCCUUCCUGCUCCCCAUCUUCGCCCGGCUCCUUGAGAGCAAAGUGGACCUGCGAGGUCCACCAGCAGCGCUGGUUUUGGCACCCACCCGAGAGCUUGCCUGCCAGAUCGAAGCCGAGGCCAAGCGGUUCGGGGCCACCGCCGGCAUGCGCGCUGCAUGCCUCUAUGGCGGUGCCCCCAAAGGCCCACAGCUCGCAGAGCUGCGGCAGAGGCCCCAGCUCUUAGUGGCCACGCCGGGGCGGCUGAACGACCUCCUCGAGCCACCGCCAGGGUUGUCCGUGGCUGUGGACGUCAAGUCCGUGCGGUAUCUGGUCCUGGAUGAAGCGGACCGGAUGCUGGACAUGGGCUUCGAGCCUCAGAUCCGGAAGAUUAUCGGCGGACUUCCACAGGACCGGCAGACGGUGAUGUUCACUGCCACAUGGCCGCUGUCCAUCCGCCGCCUUGCAGCGGACUUCCUGCGAGAUGCUGCGGAGGUCCGUGCCGGCGAGGUGGACGAGCUGAGAGUGAACCCGGACAUCACACAGCAGGUGGUGUUCUGCCUGGACAUGCGCGAGAAAGAGGAGUGGCUGGACAAGAUCCUCCGGGAAAGCGGUAGUGACCAGGCCAUUGUCUUCGUGAACACCAAGAGGAUGUGCGAAGUGGUCUCCUCUCGCACGCCGAAUUCGAUGGCCAUCCAUGGGGACAAGGACCAGCGGGAGCGAGAUCUGGCUUUGGGCCAUUUCAAGUCGGGCACCGUGCGGGUCCUCGUGGCCACGGAUGUGGCGGCCCGUGGACUGGACAUCAAGGCUGUGAAGGUGGUGGUGAACUUCGAUCCUCCGAAUCGCGAGGAGGACUACGUCCACCGCGUCGGCCGAACGGGCCGGGCCGGGCAAAAAGGCUUGGCCUGGACCCUCCUGACCAACGAGGACGGUGCGGCCGCGCGGAGCAUUGCUGACAUCUUCAAGCGAAUGGAGCUGCCGGUGCCUGCAGAGCUCUCCCGCCGCCUCGCCUCCGGCGAACUCCGAAGCUCCGGCAGGGCACGCAGCAGGUCUGUGGGUCGGCCUUUGCUCCGAGGUGGCUUGGGUAUGGACGACGAUUUUGACUUUGGUGGUGAUCGGUUUGGGAGCGGCCGCGAGCAGAACGACUUCCCACGGGCGUCCUUCAUGAAUGACUGUCCGACCUGGAAGCGGCGGUGCGAGGAUACCAGCAGCCCAUUUCCCGAGAAGCGGUGGCCUGCCCUGGAAAGUGUCCAGCCGCGGUGCAUCCGCUACUUGUGGACAGAUGCUAGGCCACAAGGAAGAGAGACAUGGCCGCCGGAAGAAUGCAGCUGUGAGCCUCUUUCGCGCCCUCCGCCGGUACCCGUUGACACGCGCCCUGCGCUGUCUGUCGAGCUUGACCCCGCAAGAUCUCGGUGUGAGCCCAGACGACGCGGCCAGAGUACGCAGCAGGUCUGGCGUGGCCUACCAGGAGAUCUAUGCUGGACCAUCUGCAUCUUUCUUCUGCGUGCCGGUGCACAGAUCCCUGCGCACGACCACCCAGGUAUGCACGUCUUCGGGAGGCUGCUCUUCGGGCGCAUGCGGGUCCGCUCCUAUGACUUCAUCGAUGGUGGCGAAUCAGGAGUUGGCGAGUCGGACGAGCCCCGACGAGCCCACUACUAUGGUGAGGAGGUCCUUGGACCAGCACCUGUCACCUACGGCCUGGGGCCAGAGGAGGGAAACAUCCACCAGAUCGAGGCGGUGGAUGACUGCGCGUUCUUCGACAUCCUGACACCGCCGUACAACCCCUGCGGCGGCAGGAAUUGCAACUAUUUUGAAGUGUCUGCAGAUUCGCACAGGUCUGACAGCAGAAGUGCUGGCAGCGGCUAUUUCCUCAAGCCUGUCCUCCGUCCGGAGUUUGGCAUGGCUGCUCGGCAUGAACAUGGACCAUGA